ACCUUUGAUUUUGUUUUUUCAGGUUUUAAAAAGCACAAAUAUAUAAAAAUGAGUGGUAUUCCUGCUGGAUUUGAGGGUGGCGAUAGUGAUGAUGAUUUUAAUUACCAAGAUUAUGAAGAUGUUCCUUACGAUAAUGACUUCGUCGAACAGAAAAAAACACUUUCUAGGUUAUUUGGCAAAAGUCUGGCAUCUGAGGAAAUGAAAAAAGAAGUUCGUUUGGACAAUGAAAUUGUAAAAAGUGCCAUAAUGAAAGGGGAUGUUGACAAAUUAAAAAAUGUUUUAGAUCAAGGUUUUGAGGUUGACAUGCCAUUACAAUCUGGAUGGACUUCAUUAAUGUAUGCUGCUAAUAAUGGAUUUGUAGAAGCUGUUGAAUUGCUUCUAAAACACAAAGCAUCUCCAAAUUAUCAAUAUGAUUUAUUUACACCUGUUAUGGCUGUAUGUGUAUCAACUAAUAGAAAUGAAGAUCAGUUGGUCAGUUGUAUCAAGAUACUGAUAGAUUUUGGAGCAAAAAUAAAUGUUCAUGACCGACAUUUGAUGACACCAUUAAUGUAUGCUGCAAAGCAAGGACUCUCAAAGGUGGUGAAAGUACUUUGUGAGCACCAUGCUGAUGUAAACAAACAAGAAACAAGAGGAUGGACGGCAUUAUCUUUUGCUGCUGCCAUUGGUUUGAGUCAUGUGGUGCGUAUUUUGUUGGAAUACAAAGCAGAUGUAAACAUACCUUCUUUUGACGGUCAAAAACCUGCUGACGUAGCAUUUUCGCACAGCUUUACAAUGCUGUCAGAAUUACUAGAAAAAUAUGAUGGUGAUCACACAGAACAAUUUGCAGAUUUACCAUCUGAUGAGUCAUCAAUGAAGAACAGUGCUGCUUCGAAAUAUGUCAAGUAUGGUGAUCUUGAGUUUUUCUUGCAUGGAUUGGAGCUGGGACAUAUUGUGUCGUUAAUACAGGAACAACAAUUGGAAUUGAAAGAUUUACUAAAAGUAACUGAACAAGAAAUGAUUGAGAUGGGUAUCACACAGCUUGGUGUGCGCAAAAAAUUGCUUGCUGCUAUCCGAGAUGUGCAUUCGAAUGAGUGGGAUAUGAAAAGUUUAUCUGUUGAAAACAUUUCAAAAUUGACGACUUUAGAAACAGCUGCAGUUGUUGCGAACAUAACGAAACAUUUAGAUUAUCUACGCAGUUCCGUAGUGUACAUCAACAAGCACUUACAUUUGAAGAAAGCAGAACUUUGUGCUGAUAACACCCGUCUACAGAAAACGCUAGUGGACCAAUGUUCUGAAGCUUUUAAAGUCUCCUCGGCAUUACAAAAAGAUAUCACGCUUCUCAACAAGGAGGCAGUGAGGAUGUUUCCAAACAUAGAGAAAAAAUCUGCUGAUUUGUUGGAUGAUUUUUACACUACAACCAAUACCUCCAAGCGUUUAUUAUAUAUCUCCGCUGGGACAGGUAUGUUCCUGCUUUGUGGAGCAAUAGUUGGCUAUCAAUUGGUAUACAAAUAGGUUUGAAGUAGAAGGCGUAGUUUCAAGCAAGUUUCAAUCCAAUCGUUUCGCAAACUGUUAGUAGUGCUAAAGAGAACGACAAACGAGUGAAGAAAUUCUUCAAGGAGAAUAGAUUCGUCCUCUACCUACCUAUUUGAAAAGUGUAGAAGAGGCUCUCGUUCGAGGGAGAAGUGCAUAAAAUAUGCUAAACUAAUAUUAACUUUGGAGGCAUCCAUAAAGUAAGAACGCAAUUAGGGGGCAUAGGGCUCAGGCUAAAAGCGUACAGGUGUGUGCGAGGAGGCGCAAGAAAGGUUUAAUAAGUACGUAUGCAUUUUGAUCUAUGGUUCCAUUUUUGACAUUUUGAUGUUUCAACAUCGUUUCCUUUAAUUCUGUUAAAACAAAUUUUUAAUAGAAAUAGAUAUAAUUAUUUUAAUUACUGUAAAGAUAUCAUAGAAUAAGAUGUUUUCGCAUAUUUUAUUGAAUAUAUGUGUACGUAGCAAGGAAGGGUGUUAGGUCAAGUGCGUACAGGGAGGAGGGGGUGAUGCCCCCUUAUCGUGGAUGAAUAAAAUAGAAUUAUAAUCGAAAUAAU